AUGGUUUUCGCCACCGGCGCUUCGUCUGGAUUUGAAGCUCAAUUUCUCUGUGAUACACUUCUGUUUGCGGUUUUCCCUCUUACAAACAAUAGAUUCGAAGAGGAAGACGGGUCCGACGAGGAACCCCCCUUCGAAGUUUUGAAGCUUUCCGGUGACCGUCAUUGUGGCAGAAUGAACAUACAGUCCUUUUACCGGCUGUGUUAUAUUUUAGAAAAUGUGGGCGGUCUUAAAGAAAAUAGAAAUGUGUCUAUACCAGAGCAAGUCGCAAUGUUUCUUCAAAUUUUAGCCCAUCACACAAAAAACGUUGUUGUUCGGAGUCAUUUUAACAGAUCUGGGUACACGGUAAGCAAACACUUUAACAGCGUUCUACUGGCCUUACUUAAGUUACACGAAAUGCUACUGAUUACACCAAAACCCGUCGACGAACUUUGUGAAAAUGAGCGCUUUUCGCAUUUCAAGGGAUGUCUCGGUGCACUAGAUGGGACGUACAUAGGGUGCCGGGUUCCUUAUCUUGAUAAACCAAGAUACAGGAAUCGCAAGGGCAAUGUGUCGAUCAAUGUUCUAGCUGUUUGUGAUGAUAACAUGAAUUUUAUAUACCUACUUACGGGUUGGGAAGGGUCUGCAGCCGAUAGUAGAAUACUUCGUGAUGCAGUAACCCGAGACAAUGGUCUUCGAGUCCCCACGGGUAACUACUACUUGGUUGACAACGGUUAUACGAACGGGGAAGGUUUUUUGGCACCGUACAGAGGUUGUAGAUACCACCUCGAUGCAUAUGCAAACGGUCCAACCGCACCUAGGAAUUUUAGAGAAUUUUUUAACAUGAAACAUGCCAAGGCAAGAAACAUCAUCGAGCGGGCUUUUGGCCUUUUGAAGUCACGAUGGGCCAUAUUACGUAGUCCAGCAUAUUAUCCCAUCAAGGUUCAAAAUAGGAUCGUAAUGGCGUGUUGUCUCCUACAUAAUUUUAUACGCACGACCAACGACUUUGAUCCAGAGGAGGAAACUUUAGACGAAUUUUUGAGGAAAAAUCCAGGCAUUAUUAACGGCGAGGAUUACAUCAAUACUGUUGAGACUUCGGAGGAGUGGACGAACUGA